AUGAGUAGCGAGGAAGUAGUGUUACAAGGAGGAGGAGGAUUAGUUAGCGAAAACGAAUUUUCAGAUCAAGAAGAGGUUUCACAGGAGAUUUCCGAUCAGAAACCGCCAUUUGAGUUCAAAAAACGAAAACGUUUAACACGGCAGCGAUCUAUGUGUGGUACUCCCGGCGACAUGGCCUGGGAGAGAAGGAGGCGACAAAAUCAACGGAGAAGAAAUAGUAUUCACGAUUGUAACGACGAAGAUUUGCACGAGCUUAGAGGUUGUAUUGAAUUAGGGUUUGGAUUCAAUGAAGAAGAUGGACAGAAGCUUUGUAAUACGUUGCCGGCGCUUGAUCUGUAUUUUGCCGUUAAUAGAAACUUGUCUCCGAGUCCGGUAUCCUCCCCUACACCUAUACCUACGCCUCGCCGCUUUCCCCAGAGCCUCACAUCUUCGACUAUUGCGAGUCCUACCGGAAGUAUGAUUGAUUCUGAUUCUUGGAAGAUUUGUAAUCCAGGGGAUGAUCCAGCUCUUAUUAAAACCAAAUUGAGGCACUGGGCUCAAGCUGUUGCUUGUUCAGUUAUGCAAUCUCAUUGA